UUCAGUUUUGUUCAUCUUAUCGCUCCACUAGUGUCUUUUGAUACCCCGCAAGUUCUUCGCUAACACCGGGCGGGAUUUCCGCAAUAGCGAGUAAUAUGGCGAAGACUUACGAUUACUUGUUUAAACUAUUAUUAAUCGGGGACUCCGGAGUCGGGAAGACUUGUGUGUUGUUCAGAUUUUCAGAAGAUGCCUUUAACUCCACAUUCAUCUCCACUAUAGGUAUUGACUUUAAAAUUAGAACAAUAGAGCUAGAUGGGAAGAAGAUUAAGUUACAGAUAUGGGACACAGCUGGCCAGGAGCGGUUCCGGACAAUCACGACGGCGUACUACCGGGGAGCCAUGGGGAUCAUGUUAGUCUACGAUAUUACCAACGAGAAGUCCUUCGACAACAUCAAGAACUGGAUAAGGAACAUAGAAGAGCACGCAUCAGCCGACGUGGAGAAGAUGAUUCUGGGCAACAAGUGUGACGUCAACGAUAAGCGGCAGGUGUCCAAAGACAGGGGGGAGAAGCUGGCGUUGGAGUACGGCAUCAAGUUUAUGGAGACCAGUGCCAAGGCCAACAUCAACGUGGAGAACGCUUUCAUGACGCUCGCCAGAGACAUCAAAGCGAAAAUGGACAAGAAAUUGGAGGGCAACAGCCCCCAGGGCAGCAGCCAGGGGGUGAAGAUCACCACGGAACAGAAGAAGAGCAGUUUGUUCCGCUGUGUCCUGCUGUGAGGACCUAAGGGCCUCACUGUCCGCCCUGCGGCUGGAUAAACCGGACUGUGCUUCCUCAGAGCGCCUGUCUCUCUCUUUUCUCUCUCUCUCCAUUUCAUUUGCUCUGCCUCUCUGCGCCAUGGCAGACAAACAACCGCCACCCCCCCCACCACCACCACCUCAGUUUCUGAGCAGGUGAUGCAACUUAUGCCAGGUUAAGUUCUUGGACGGUCAGUUUUGGGGCUGCAGUGGGUUGGAGGAGAAGGCUAGCGAAUGUCAAAUAAAUCUUUUGCUUACUUACGUGGUUCUUUUUAAACUACGACUUUUUAGGCAGGUUUCACGGACGUGGAUGCGGCUUAGUCCUGGACGAAACUGAGUUCUGUGCGGAGGUUCUCCGUUAAAAAUGUCAUUUCGUCCGGGACCAGGCUUAAUCCACCUCUGCGAAACCGGCCCUUUUAUGCUUCCCAGCCCUGUGAAUUCACGACAGUCUCCCCAGUGCAGUUUUACAUUCGAUCAUGAGUGCAGGACAUUUGGCCUAUUUGGACAUUUGGUUACAUGGCAGUUUGACCUGGAUGCACUGCUGGAUAUGUCAGGCCUUACUCAAGUUUUUAUCUUAAAUGGGUCUUAAAAACUACUCGCUUAAAACAGUUAAAGACUGUUGUCCAAUCUUAGCAGUGUUUUGUAAAGCCUCUGUGCUUGCACCCUGUGUUGUUGGUCGUUGUUCUGUACGUGGAGACGGGGUCUGAUUUCAGGGGGUUGGCGAACAUUGAGCUCGGGCAAGAGUUCCUUCAGUCUCACCUCAGACUUCUCAGUACUUCCUUUUAGUUCAUUAAGUUUUCAGGUUAGUAUUUAUUCCAAAUUGCUAAAGGUAUUUUUGUUUUCUAAACCAAGCCUUUUUUUUUUUUUUUUUUUUUUUUUUUUUUUGAUUGCAUUCCUUGACAAUCAUCCUAAAAUUGAUUUCUUUGUUAAUUUGCAGUUGCCACACUUAAUGCAUGAUUCUCAAUAGGUUGAUUAGCUUAAUGCCUUAAUAUCAAGUCCCCCCCCCAUCUGUUUUAGAACCUUUAAAGUUAUGACCCCCAACAUACUUGAAAUUGAGUGUCUAUUUUGUAUGUGAAGUACACAUUCUCUUUUGUGAUUUCAUAGUUUAUUGCAGGUGUCCCCCUGAGCUCUAGGGUAAUUUGAAAAUAAAAUGCCCAUUUUCAGGUUGCUGUUUAACCAUUCAUAUAUAUUUUGAGCAGCCCUACUUAAAAUGGCGUACUCUGAAAUUCCUCGUUUGUCCCAAGCUUAGCUUUUGUUGCUUAACAGUUUGUGGCUUUCUUCUGUGUGUCACACAAGUGAUGGAUUUAUAACCGUAAGCCAGACACAAGAAAUGUUCCAACUUUCCCUGCUUUAGCUUGUUUGCACAUUUUGCAAGUGUUCAAUAUUCAGCAAAUAUGUCAUCAACAUUCCCGAAUGCUGUUGAGAGGCUCUUUUUUUUGACGAUCACUUCAAGGUAUAUUUCCUCCAUACUUUGCCUUUCUUAAUCUCUUAAAUGUACCCUCAUCUUACCACCACUUCAGCCCCUGUCUGUGUCUUGAAGUUGGUGCCAAGUGGUAACUUCACAGUAUAUGGAUAAAUGGGGGAUAUACUGUGGGCUACUUAAAUAACUUAACCAAGCCGGACUAACUUCGUGACUACAAGUUAAAUUUCACCGUCUACGAUGUCCGUCUUGUGUAAUCGCCUGUAGCUCUGAUGUGCGACUCAUCGAAACUGAGGUUUGACCUUAUUCGUGGCACAGUUGAAGGUUUCAUGGCAGGUUAUGAAUCUAAACUUACAGAUAUGAAAAUGUACCACCCAUAGAAAUCCCAAAGCACCAGUAAGAGUAUAUUUUUUAAGAAAUAAUAAAAUGAUAAUCUUUUAAAUAUGUAUUCAACUGCUUAAAAGCCCCCGACCCCUGGUUUUCCUUAUUUUACCUCGUGCCCUUAUCUUGUUGCUGUAUUACGAUGCUUGUGUGUCUUGUUUUCUCAGUGCUGCUAAGUUUCGGGUCGGUUUGGCUGUGGCUGAGAAUGUGUCUAAUCGUGCGUCGGGAUUGGUUGUUUAGUGUCCUAUCGGAGGGUGAUUGUUUUACUUCCUCGUUGGAGGUACGGUGGAUUUAUCUCCACGAAGUUGCUACUGCAACAAAAGAUUAGGUUGUAUAAGCCAACGCAUUACGCAGUUUCUCAGUCUUCUACAAACUCGCAUAAGUAUUUGCAUGACUCUUAACUGAUGCAGUAACAUGGUGGGCAUGUAAAAUUAGGAAUUUGUAAAAUGCUUCACAUAGAAUUGUUUUAUUUUUAUGAUACUUGAUCAAAUUUGGCCCAGGGGUAUUAACAAUUGGGUGUGUGUAACUUUCUUUGGAUCACAAAGCUGUCUUAACAUGUGAAGCAAAACAUAAGUAUGGCAGAUAUACCACCUCCUAGGGAACCCGGAGACUAAUUUGAACUAGUUAAUUUUGGUAUUCACUCGCCAGUAUUAAGCAGAUUUCUUUAUGGCCGCUAGUUAUCUCUUGGGCCGUGCUUGUGGAUGCUCUGUGUUCCCCCGUUCUCCACAUUCUCCUGUUAUGGAAUGAAGAAAUGGUUAUUCCAAAAUUUGUAUUGGCCUUGAAAAUUUUGCAAGUCAGAACCUCCUUUGAUCUUUUGAGGCAAUGUUGUGGCACCGGUAAAACCAAGAGAAGACUACUUUCACCGUCAUCUGGAAUAAUGAGAAACCGGUAUCUGACCGACAUCUAAGCAUGGUUUGAAAGAAUCGGUUUCCGGUUUGGCUAUAACGGGUAGUUGAAAUGCAUUGAGUAAUGGAUAGCAAGCCAGCAUUAGAUAAUGAAGAUCAGAUUGUACUGUUGGGGAGAAAACUGUCACUAUUCUGAUGAACAAAAUGCAAUUGUGUUUUGAAAGUAAAAGUGUCCUUGUUAAUGCCUGCCAUUGCAAUGCACCUUUUUUUCCCCCGUAAACAAAAUUAGAUUCCAGAAGGGAUUGGGUGUCAGGAAAGUGUCCCUGUCGUAUGUGCUUCCUUAUGCAAAACCCAAUUUGUUCUUGCAUACGUUUUCAAUUGGAGACUCGGAUGCUGACUGACAGUACCUAAGCGUUAAUGUCAGAAAGGGGAACUGCAGAAAGCGUGACGUACUGAUUUCUGGGUUUGUCCCAUUUCCUCUUCCCUAUUACGAUAACCCACGGCAAUAGACUCGUCUUAAUUCCACCUGAUACUUGAUUUUGAAACUAUGCAUCAUGAGGCAGUUGUAGACAUCUGCAUUCUUGUACAUAUAUAAAUGAGAACAUAAGCUUUUUUCUUUUGUUAUUUGCAAAGUGCAAAAUUUUCAUUAAAAAGCAUUCCUCUACAUGCACCUUCCUCAUCUCCCUGUGCUUUUUAGUGUAUAUAAUAUUUUUUUUAAAUGUUGAAUUUGGUGGUGCUGUCAGCAAAUAUCUCUGUAAAUCAAUUUUUGAAUUAAAGAACGAAAAUGUCAUGUUCCCUGCCCAGUCUCCCUACUAAUGUUCAGUCUAGCUGUAUUAGGACAAAUUAAACCAUUAACUUUAAAAAAUAUAUAUUGCACGAGCAUUCCAGUUCUCAGGCUCUUGCCUGGCAGCAUUCUACGUGGUAGAACAGAGAAACUGCCAAGUAUUACUGUGUUUAAGCGACUGACCUUGAAACGGUGAUUAAAGAUGGUGUAAACGUGGUUUUUCAGGGAUCAAUAUCCCUGAAGGGGUGUCCUCAAAUUAUAGGUUCAAAAAGGUUCUGGCAGCAAGUGUGUAUUCCCUUUACUUUUGUAGUUUGUUGCUUUUGCAUUCAUUUGGAUUGUUCCACUUUUUUCUUUCUUUUUUUUUUAAUGCAUAUCGCUAGCAUUCCUUGUUCGUGAGCAGGCUUCGAUUGUGUUGUUGAUUGUGAGUUAUAUGGGGUGGGGGAGGGGUUGAAUUGCAUUUUGACAGCAAUUGUACAUAAUAGAAGCUAAAGAAAAGAGGAAAAAAAGAACUACUUUGAUUGUACUGUACUUUCUAAAAAUCUUAUUGAAUUGAUCUACAGCUUUGUAGAUGUGUAAUUUGAUGAUUUAUUAAAAUAAGAUUCUUUUGAAA